GGUUGACAAGUUUGUCGUGACUUUUUUCAUACGUAGCUCAUGAUUGACUACUCCUGUCAAAGAAAGACCAACGUAAAGAAUGUCAUUUGCUGGGAAUUCCUCUGUAGAACAUUGGUGUUGGUUAUUCUGUCUUGUUUUCUGUCUUCUGCCUUGUUUAAAAUAUGUCAUAGACCAGGGGUUCUUAACCUUUUUGACGUCGAGGCCUGAUUUUUUUAUUAAAUAGAAACAUUGUAUAAAUUUAAUGUUCUGCUCAGUUUGGAGAGACAAUGAAUCAGAGAUUUUGUAAUCUGGUCGUUUUGAAGCAACGGUCCCGUGGCCUGGACCUGAACCCCCGGGGGGUUCAGUUUGACAUGACAAAUGUUCACAUGUCCCAAAGUGUAACAGAAGCGCUUGUACUGUUUAGCAGCGUCGUGUGUGAAUGUGUGUUUUUGUGUGCAUGUUUAUGGUUGCUCUGCAGGCCCCUCGCUAAUUAGAGAGCUUUCUCCAAAUGAGACGGGCGCAAAUUGAGAGAAAGCCAAGAGAUUAACCGUCAAGGGAAAGAGAAAAGUUCCAAAAGGCGGAAUGGAUGGAGGCAAGGUAGAUUAGGUAGAUUAGGACGGCGUGAGUGAAAAGGGUGUGAUUUACCGUCUAAGAAGAAGGGGACGGAGUGGAAAGAGAGUGGACGAUGGGGCGUCAGGAGGGAACAGCAUGGGCUGGCCGAGGUCACCAUCAGUCAUAAUCAAGAAGAACACACACACACACACACAGCAUGGUGCAGCCGGUGUGUGUAUCAGAUCAGGUUGUCCCGGCUCCCUUACGCUUGCUUCCCAGGACGCUGAUUGAUACCUCCUCCCUCCCAGUCAGCAUGUUAGUCUCCACGGCAACAGACUCCUCACCGUCCUACGAGCGCUCGGUGGUCUACGUGACCCCCCCGGCGAGCGGCACCGCCAACGACACUCAGUGGCAACGUGAUACCCUGCUGGCAGCGGCUGAGGUGAUGGUGCUGGCCGUCAUCCUGGUUCUAGCGUUACUUGGCAACGGCCUGGUGCUGGUGGUGCUGCUGAGGAGGAGACAUCAUCACAACCCGCUCCAUCAGUUCAUGCUCAACCUCUGCCUGGCUGACCUGGUGGUGGCGCUGUUCCAGGUGUUGCCCCAGCUCGUUUGGGACGCCAAGGGACGCUUUCCUGGCCCAGACGUCUUGUGUCGCCUGGUCAAAUACCUUCAAGUCCUGGGAAUGUUCGCCUCCUCCUACAUGAUCGUUGCCAUGACAAUGGAUCGCCAUUAUGCCAUCUGCUGCCCCUUGCUGGCGCAUCGCAGCUGGGCGACCCAUCGAUGGAACACCUUCAUACUGCUAGCAUGGGGGCUGGCACUGCUUCUCAGUCUGCCACAGGUUUUCAUCUUCUCUCGCUCAGAAGUGGCACCCGGGGUCUAUGAAUGCUGGGGCACCUUUGCUGAAUCCUGGGGCCUCAAGGCCUACGUGACGUGGAUGACCCUGGCGGUCUUCAUCAUCCCUGUCCUCAUCAUCACUGUGUGUCAGGUGCGAAUCUUCAUGGAGAUCCAUAACAAUCUUUACCUGAAGUCGGAGCAUCGCUUGUCCCCUUCUUCGUCCGUACCUCCAUCCAGAAGAGACAGCCAGAGGGGAGGAGUCGGUAGACGAACAUCCUGUCUCUCUCCGCCAAUCAUAUUGAACAACAGCCAUCCCGCCAGCAUCACUUCCCAUUGUGGCGUCCAUACUGAAAUGGAUGUACACACGGGUAACAGGCACAUGUGGACACAAGGGUUGUUUUGUUUUUGUUCCUCCAUCUUUUUAUUGUUUCUUCAUGUUGCAGCCGAGCUUCAACUUGAUGUUCUACCUGAGCCUGCGACGCUCCCCACCGUCUCUGCUUCUCCAAAGGUCAAAUCUUCCUCCCAGAAAGGAGGAUGCGAGGCGACAGCCGCCAUGUCCAAGACGGUGAAGAUGACUUUGGUCAUAGUGGUCAUCUACUCGCUCUGCUGGGCCCCCUUCUUCAGUGUUCAGCUGUGGGCAGCGUGGGACCCCGAUCCACCUCAAAGUGGAGCACUGUUCACCUUGCUCAUGCUGCUGGCCAGCCUCAACUCGUGCACCAAUCCCUGGAUCUACUCCGCCUUCUCCAGCAGCAUCUCCCCAGAGCUCCGUCUUCUGCUGCUGUGUCGCACGGACACACAACGCAGAGGCUCCCUGCCGAACGACUCCACGGCCACACACACGUCCAACUACUGACGAGUGCACACAAACGCAUCACAGAGAAACAUGCACUACUAUAUAUAUAUAUACAUAUAUAUUACCAUACCGUACAGACAGAAGAGAAGAAACGUACACUUUGUUUGGAAAACCUUUAAUUCUUUCCGUCACUCAUCAUGAAAUCUCCCACAUUGGCUUACAGUCAGUGUGACAUAGCGUGAAAUAUCGGUCAUUUUGAUGGAAAAAAAACGCAAGCAAACUAUCAACCCUCCUGUAUCAUAUCCCAAAAUAUAUGAUGCUCAAAAUAGGACGUAAUGCACAUUUGAAUGGUUAAUACUGCAUUGCUAUAGAAUAAUAAUAAUAAUAAUAAUAAUAAUAAAGGGUUUAGUAUGUGCUUUAGAGAAGAGAAAACACUUUGCUAGUUUUGGUAUUUGAGACUUUUAUUGUAAUGCGGUCGUCCCUCAUUUAUAGCGGCUGAUUGGUUCCUGACGCCACCGCAAUAAAUUAUUUCUGUGAUGCUAAUAAAUUGAAUAUUUUCAUAGACUUUCUAAAUAUGUUUUUUUAACAUUACUAGAGCCCUGUAGAGAUGGAAUAGAACACUUCUAAUCAUUAUUUCAUCCCUGUUUGCGACACAGUGCGCAGCGGGACGGCAAGCUAGCACAGAGGUCAGCUACCUUUAGCAUCAGAGCCAUUUUGCCUCUUCCAUUAAGAAAAGAAAAAUAUUUUUUAAAAGUCUGGAGCUGCAAAACAAAAAAAAAAGUUAAAAAGUUACCUGUUAUAAGAAAAUUCUAGGUAAUUUGUUUAAAAUGGAAAAUAACAUUUCUAAUCGGGAGAAUAGAUGCUAUGAUAUUUUCAUGAACGGUUUGUUUCAUGUAAAAAAGACAAAGUAAUGUACCACUUCCACACACAAUAGGAGGAUAACCUUUUUUUUUUUUUUUCACUGGCUGGCUGUAGUGUAAUGCGACAUUACCAAUAAUAUACCAUAGUCUACCACAAAAAAAAAAGAUAAAUUUCUGCAACAAAACCCUAUAGAGCGAUGGAACGAUAAUCAAACCGCGAUAUUUUGAGGGACGACUGUAAAACAGCCGGGCUAUGUGUCAUUAAAAACAAAAAAAAAUCUUAAAAAGAAAAGGCUUGCGUUUAGGUUAAUAAAAAAAAAACAGACAAAAUGACUGCUGGUAAAACGCUCCUCCCAAGUUUCGUGCUUCAUAUAUGAACAACAACUGUAAUGGAUGGAAAUGUUAAAACAACACACACACACACACACACACACUUUGAUCACACA